UACAAGCCGACCAUAUCAAUAAGGCACCAGUUGUGUCAGUCGAUCAUCAAAGUCGUCAAACAUGAAGUCUGCUUUGGUUAUUGCGUCCGUUCUCUUAGCAGGCGUGGCCUUUGAAGUCACCGCCCGCAAUGUCAAUGACAACCAAAACCAACGUGAAAACAACAACCAGUGGGCCCGUUUCCAACAAGGGGACUACAGCGAUGAGUCUGCAGAACCGACCUUGAAUGAAUUUCAAAACAACAACAAAUUCAAUAACGUCCAAAGCUUCUAUGAAUCAGAAUCUACUUUUGCCGACCGCUCACGACAGAGCAACCAAAACGAUGAGACUUACUUCGGUUCCAGCCAAGAGUUGAGUCAACAACAGCAGCGCAAAAGCCAAAACCAAUUCGCGGCUGACCGACAGCCCGAAGGACUCGCCAAGAUAAUAGUCGAAAAAAUCGCCGCCAUUCAGAAAAUUGCCAUCGAAAACAAUAUCGCCGACAGUGCCGAUUUAUUGGACGCAGCGCUCACCGUCAACCAAAACUCCGUUAAGUUCCCAAAACACAAUUUCGUGUCGUUCUUCAACUCAACCAUGAAAAACCUUAACAACGGUGACUUGGAAUACAUGUACCUGAACCUCAAUAAAGAUGCUGUGUUCGCCCAGUACCAGUUCAACGAGCUCAAAACUGUCGGAUCGUUCAAGUCCAACAUCCCUCACGCUCACUCAGGUUACUACACAAUCAUCAUGAACAACGUGGUCAGCAACUUGUCGACCGGAUUCUUCGACGACAAACGCGCCGUGAUCAAGGCGGCCAAAUUCCAAUACGCUGACGCCAACAUCAAGACCCACGACGGUUCCGAAACACAGGUGUUCAGCCCGGCUCUGGAGCAAAAAUAUUUGGGAGUUUUGGCUAACGCCGUGUCCAACGAAGUUAUGAAGUCUGCCAACAAAGGUGCACUCGUCCAUAUUAAAAACGAAAUCCGUAAACCAAUGGAAAUGGACGUCGCUAGAAAGUACACCAACAAGCUGUUCGACUUGAGAUGGCAGGAGGACCAAGUCACCAUGGAAAUGAAUAACAUCGGUUUCAAGAACUCCGAAGAACUGAAACAGGCAACCAAACAAUUAUUGAACUCUGUGACUUUCCAAAGGAAAUCCCAGGACUCCUACAGGAUGCGUUACGACUUCGCCAUCAAAAACUUGGAAUGGACUUCGGCUCUGAACGUCAUGUCGGCUGGUAAGAGGAUGACCACAGAACCAAUGAAAUUCGCCAUUGAGAAAUUAAACGUCAAAGUUUACAUCGACAAAGCCGUGCACAACCAAAAACAGUCGUAUGGCAAGGCUUACACCAAAGUUGAAGUACAAGGUCUUCAUUACAACUUGAAACACGUCCAGUCUGAACUUGUGUCCAACCUUGAAAACGACCUCCAACGUUUCAUGGAACUUUCUUUGGGAUCUUACCUUCAAGAUUGUUUGGUACAAGAAUUAAUCAACUACAACCGUCAAUAUUAAAUUGACUUAUUUAUUUUUAAACAUAAUAUGUUUUUUAGAUAAAUCAUAUAUAAUAAGCAAUAGUAUAAACGUUUAACAUAAUAUUUUCAUUUAAUUUUAAUUUUAUAAUAGUUUUAUAAUUUCAUUAUCUACAAAAUAAAUUUAAUAUCUAAUACAAAAAAUGAACUUAUUUAUACAUUACAUUUAAAAAAUAAUAUUAUUGUUAAUUGUACCUGUAAUGCUCAAUCGGAAAAAACAGUUAUUUCAAUUCGAAAUUAUUGAUUUUAAUGAGCACUGAUGGAGGUUUUUAUAUGACUUCAAUAGUAAGUACAGGAAUAGCAUAUCAUGUUGACGAAAGUAUAUGAUAAAAGUAUACCUACAUUUAAUUUUAAAUUAAUUCAUUGCAUUUAUGUUAUAUCUUAAUAUUGUCAAUACUCAAUACUCAUCUACAUAUUAUUUCUUAAUGUUGUGAACGUCUUCAACUCUAUAGAAAAGAUUAGAUUUAUAUUAUAUUAAACAUAUAAUAUAUGUUAUUAUAUAUUAUGUAAAUAGAAAAUGAAUAUGAUGGCAUUUGGUGAGCGGAGACUUAAAUAGGAAAUCAAACUUACACUUUACAGCAUCAAUUUUAUAAAUAAAAAAAGUGUGUUAUUAAUAAUAAUAACUUAUUACAUUGAAAUUAAGUAUUUAAUAAAUCAAUAAUGAUAUAAUACAUCUAAAAAUAUGUAUUUAUAAGCACAGUAAUGUAAUAUAUGUGUUUUAUAUGUACUAUAUAAGUAUUAUAACAAUAUAGUUAUUACUUAAUAACUAUAUUUUUUUUUUAUAAAUAUAAUAAUAUAAUAUACGUAUAAGUGAAGAUAUGUUUAUAAAUAAUAUAAACUCAAAAUUAUUGAUCAUAGUAAUUAAUAAUAUAAUGCUAUCUAAAAUUGUGUGCAUAAAUUACGAGUUAAGAUGUAUGAGUAAUAUUCGUGGCAUAUUGUACACGCAAUAGUAAUACAUUAAUACAUUAUUACGUUUCAUAGGUGCUACUACCAUUGCCACUACGCUGAAAUCUGCUCAAAAACACAAAAACAGACAUCUUCUCAUAUAUAACUCUUAUUGGUAACAAUACCGUACAGUAUUAUAAUAGAUAUAGGGAACAUGCAAUUAUAAAUUCGUUGAGAUAAAUUUUAGUACUUUAGGAAGAUUUCGUCAACAAUCAACGCUUUUAAUGUACAUAACACGCUCGUAUGUUCACCAAAUUAGAAAAUAUAGAUAAAAUUAAGACAUAAAUAAAAAUCAUAAUAAUUAUUAAAGAAAUACAUUUGUCAUUGAAUUUUUUACGGGCCAGGUAAUAUUUGUCCGGUUGGACUAGGUGCAGUGAGUAAUAUAAAAUAUAUAAUAUAAGUAAGGGCCGCCGUUUGGUGAUCUCUACUUUAAUUCUGAAAUAUAGCAUAUUAUUAUUAUCGUACUCAUAGUACAAUAAGGUAUAUAUAAAAAAAAAACACAUUUAUUUUGUCUAUAUAACGUUAUUAUAGACCGCAAUUGAGGACCAUCAAAUAACAUAUUUCUUAUUUGGCAUAGCAUAUUUGAAUAUACAGCAGAUUUUUAAAAAAACAAAAUCAAAUCGGUUUUAAUCAAGUAUAAAAUUUAUACUUAUUUAUUUUUCAUUUUUCGUUUUAUUUCAUAAAAUAUUUAUGUAAACAAUAAUUUAUUGCAAAUACAAUC